AUGGGGAACAAAUUAAUAUUUAAAUGUCUUCUGCUGUUAAGUAUAGUUAUAUUGGUACAGUGUUCCUCAGAGAGUCACCAUUCUCCUAGUGGUAUUAAGGGUAAUAAUACCAAUCAGACCACCGAUCAUGGUAUUCAUGUCAUUGUGUUCCGUCUUCAUCAUAUUAAAACUACAUUAGUAUUUACAUGUGUACUGAUUCUUGCUGGGGCAGCUAAAUUAGCCUUCAAUUUUGCUGACUAUUUAUCAUCUAAAGUGCCUGAAUCCUGUAUGUUGAUUGUUGUUGGAACAAUAUUAGGAGCAAUAAUUGAAUUCUCAAAUGCUGGAGAUGAAAUUCCAACAUUUUUUGAACCAAACCAAUUUUUUAUGUUUUUACUGCCACCGAUUAUUUUGGAAUCUUCGUUUAGUUUACAUGAUAGAACAUUUAUAGAAAAUCUUGGCAGUAUUUUACUUUUUGCUGUAGUGGGCACAAUUUUAGCAUGUUUUAUGUUGGGUGGAAGUCUAUAUGGUUUAGCUCAAGCUGGUGCUAUGGGAACUAUUGUUCCUAUCAGUUUUGUACAAAUGUUAGUUUUUACAUCAUUGAUUGUAGCAGUAGAUCCUGUUGCUGUUUUAGCUGUAUUUGAAGAAAUUGGUGUCAAUCAUGUAUUAUAUUUUUUGGUAUUUGGAGAAUCUUUAUUAAAUGAUGGUGUUGCUGUUGUUAAUGUUGUAAUUAUAAUGUAA